AUGAAUCUCGUAAUUGCUUACUUUUUGAGUUGGGUCUUUUUCGCAACAAGUGUCAAGGCAGGUAAAAAUGCCAAAUUCCAACUUUAUGGUGAUAUCACAUACUUUUAUACCUGUAACCUUCAAAUAAGUCUGUCAGUUUCCUAUUGUGCAACUCCAUAUAAUGCUACCUGUUUAUGUGCCAAUAAAAACGCUUUAGCUACAUACGCUGGUUGUUUGGCCUUUGAUAAUCGAAACACAACUACAGCCGUAAAUUAUAUGAUGAAUUACUGUGAAGAAAAUGGUAAUGUCACUGUUGAAAAAGAUUGGUAUGAGAAAUCGUACCAAUAUUUUCUUUCUAAUGCCAAAACUGAAAAAGAAAUCCCCAAUUUCAAUAAAACUAUCCCCAUUGAUGUGCCAUUCAAACUUGAUGAAGCUGAAAUGAAACUAUAUGAAAGAGCCUAUAAACAGUUUUUGGGUAACUAUGAUGAUUCCUUGUAUUAUGGAGCAGGUAUUUUGGGUUAUUGGUUAUUAAUUAUGUGUAUUGGGGCUAUUGUCAAUUGGGGUAAAGUUAUGUUUCCAAGUUUGACCAAGAAACUAACUUCAAAACCUAUUAACUUGUGGAGACAAUACGUUUCCAUGCCAGCAACUUUCCGCAAAAAGAAAGCUGAAGAGCUUAGAAUCUUUAAAUUUUUUGAUUCUUUAAUUCCAUCAAGAUUUGAGUCAAUCGUUAUUUUUCUAUUCUAUAUUGUGGUAUUGAUGAUCCAUGCCAUGAACAUGCAUUAUGUUGAUGGUGAUCCAGUGUUUGAAAAUAAUAAAUAUAAUUCACAAGCAAGAAAUGUUGCUGAUAGAACAGGUAUCACUGGAACGAUAAUGAUGCCAUUAGUUUUUCUUUUUUCAAGCAGAAACAAUUUCUUGCAAUGGUUGACAGGUUGGAAUUAUAGUACUUUUGUCACUUAUCAUCGUCACAUUGCCAGAGUCAUGUUUAUUUUGAUUGCCUUGCAUUCUAUUCUUUUCACUGUCUUAUUACGUGAUGAUAUGAGUGAGUUUUCUGAAACAUAUAUGAUUUGGGGUGUUCUUGCUACUGUUUCUGGUGGGAUCAUUUUAUUCCAAGCAAUGUUAUUUUUCAGAAGACGUUGGUACGAGAUAUUUUUGCUUAUUCAUAUAUUAUUUGCUGCAUUAUAUGUUGCCGGUACUUGGAUUCAUGUUGAUGAAUUAGGGUACGUUUGGUUUGUGUAUCCUGCUGUUGCCGUAUGGUGUGCUGAUAGAGUAGUUAGAAUUGCUAGAUUGGUGAUAUUUGGUUUCCCUAAAGCCCGAGUCUCAUUAUUAGCAGACGACACUAUAAAAGUGGAAAUUCCUAAACCAAGCUACUGGAAAACUAUACCCGGUGGUCAUGCAUUUAUUCAUUUUUUGAAACCUACAUAUUUCUGGCAAAGUCAUCCAUUCACUUUUGUGGAAUCGCCAGCUGAUACUCAUAUUAUUUUGUACUGUAAAGUCAAAGGAGGUAUCACCCACAGUUUAUACCAAUUGUUAGUACGCAGCCCUGGACAAGCCAUUACCAUGAGAGUAGGAGUCGAAGGCCCUUACGGAGAACCAACUCCUGCUAGAUAUGCCGAUACUGCUGUUUUCAUUGCUGGAGGUAAUGGUAUUCCUGGUAUUUAUUCAGAGGUUAUGGAUAUGACUCGUAGAAUGCCAAAUGAAACCAAGAACGCUAUGAAGUUGUACUGGAUUAUUCGUGACUACAAAUCAUUAGAAUGGUUUAACGAUGAGCUUACUUUGUUAGGAAACACAAACAUUGAAACAACAAUUUACGUUACCAAGCCUGAUUUAUCUAAUUUGUUAACUGGUGAUGGUAGUGACGAUACUAGUUCCAAAAAGGAAUCAGAUAGUCAAGAUAUGAAUCUCGAGAGUAAAGAGUCGUUGCAAGGUGUUGACUUGGUCAAAUCUAGAUUUUCACAUAUCACGUUUAAGGAGGGAAGACCAAGCAUUGAAGACAUAGUUGACUUAGAAAUUAAAGAAUCAAAUGGAUCUGUUGCUUUUGUUGCUUGUGGACAUCCAGCUAUGGUUGAUGAGACUCGUUACUUUUGUUCAAGAAAUGUUGACAACCCUCAAAAGAAAAGAGUUGACUUUUAUGAACAAGUUCAAGUUUGGACCUAG